CCACUUUGGGUAUAUACUAUCCACAUUUUGGAAGAGAGAGAGAGGGAAAAAAAAAUUUGCAAAGAAAAAUCGCCGGCGGCGUGAAUUGCAACGUCUUUGACCGCACCCUCUACAUUCUUCUAAAGCUAACUUUACAAAUUCCUUAAACCCUAUAAUAACCCCAAUUUCCUUUCCUUUUGAGAAAUUCCACAAUAAAUAAAUAAAUUUCAAUGGCUUCAAAUCUCACUUCUCGUCUAGCUUCCCGUCUCCUCCGUUCCGCCGGCGCCGGCGCCGCCACCACCACCACCACUCUCCCCAAAUCUCACCCUUUAAUUUCACUCCUCCACCGCCAAUCACAGCCCUUAAAUAUUUCCCGUUUAAACCCUAACCAAUCGAUUUUCACCCUCCGAUCCUUCUCCACACUCUCCCGGCCCGCUAAAUCCCACAUAUCAGCCCGGCCCGAUAUCGGAGCUCGAGCACGACAACUCCAAACCCGGCGUCUCUGGACUUACGCUAUUACAUUUAGCUGCAUAGCUGGUUUCAUAGUAAUAGUCCUUAACCAGUUCCAAGACCAGCUUGUAUUUUACGUUACACCUACAGACGCACUAUCACAACACUCACAAAACCCUACAAAAUCAAAAUUCCGGCUCGGUGGAUUAGUGUUAGAAAACAGUGUAACACCAAUACCUAAUUCCCCUGAAAUGGAGUUUGUGAUUACUGAUUUGAUUACUGAUAUAUUGGUUAAGUAUGACGGGUCGUUGCCGGAUUUAUUUAGGGAAGGGCAUUCUGUUGUAGUUGAAGGGUUUGUAAAGCCGUUUACGGAGGAGAUGAAGAAGAAAGAGAGUGGGAUUUUGAGCGAGAAGAAGUUAGAGGUGACGAAAAAGGCGAGGGGCGGGGAUUGUUAUUUUGCAGCUACGGAAGUGUUGGCGAAACACGAUGAGAAGUAUAUGCCACCUGAAGUUGCAAAUGCACUUGAGAAGAAUAAGCAGUUGCUGCUUAGUCAGCAGAUGGAAGGAAAUGAGGAACAGGGUGAUGGUGAUGCUGAUGGUGCAACACCUCCAGCUACAGCGAGGGCGUAAGGGUAAAAAUUCUAAUUGAUUUUUUUGGAAAUGAUGGAGUUUUCUUAAAGUUAAAAUUUUGACUAUACUUUUGUUUUAGAUUAAAUUGAAGGAAGACAGGAAAGUUAAGGGAUAUAUAGGUGGUUUAUUGAGGUUAUAUGAUGAAUUUUGUUGUCAUAGUAUAUGAUUUCAUAUUGUACUAACCCUGUGAAAUGGGGUUUGAGUUUAGAUUUUUUGGGAUAGUGAAUAAAUGAAAGAAAUUAUUUUUUAUGACAUUUGAUGUUUGUAAUUCUUUACACUCAAUGUAGAGGACAUGGAUGAAAGAAAUAGAGAGGUCGGCUGAUUAUGAAUUAUGGUAAAGCUUGUAAUUGUUUUAUUUUUUUGGAUAUGAUGGAGUUCUGUUAAAGUUUCAAUCUCCAUUAUGCUACUUACUGUUUUAGGUUAAAUUGAAGGAAAACAGGAAAAUUAAGGGAUAGAUAGGUGGUUUAUUGAGGUUAUAUGAUGAAUUUCAUUGUUGUAGUGAAUGGGGCUGUUUGAUUUCAUGUCUUCUACUAUCCCUGAGAAAUGUGGUUUCAGUUUAGAAUUUUUGGAAUAUUAGUGAACAAGUGACAGGAAUUAUUUUUCAUGACAUUGGAUAUUUGUAAUUCUUUUGUUUAAACUCAGUGUAGAGGACAUCAAUGAAAGAAUUAGGGAAUAUAUCA